AUGGCGGCGGCGGCGGAGCAGAUCCCAUCCCCACCCACCUACAGGUUCCGGCCUACGAAGCGCGAGCUGGUCAAGUUCUACCUCCUCCCGGGCGCCCGUGGCCAGGAUCCAUUUCCCGGUGUCAUCUUCGAGGACGACGCGGCGGGGAGCACGUUGCCCUGGGACCUCUUCGAGCGCCACGGCGUGGGGAGCGAGGACGAGGCCUAUUUCAUCGUGCGCGCCAGCGAAGCCAAGAAACCCGGCGCCCGCCAGGACCGCGGCUGCGACGGCGGCGUCGGGAUUUGGAAGAUGCAGAGCAGCCUCGAGAAGUGCCUGCGCGUCCGAGGCAAGAGGAUCAGGGUCCAUGUCAGCAAUCUCAACCUGCACAUGGGCAAAGGCAAGGACAGCGGCAGCGUCGGGUGGGUGAUGCACGAGUACACCAUCGCCGCGCCGCCCUGCCCGUCGCCCGUCAAAAUCUGCCACGUUGCCUUCAGCGGCCACGGGCGGAAGCGCAUGCGCGUGCCGGAUGGGCAAGAAGUCUGCCAGAGUAGUGGUCACGCGCGCGUCGGCGCCACCGCGUCAGAUCUUCCUUGUUCUGGGGCAAUGCUCGAUCACUGCUCCUCGGGCGUGGCGUAUGCUUCUGGAGACGAAGAAUCCUCACACCUCGUUCUGACCGACGACGACACCUUCCGGCAGAGCCCUCUUCUUGAUAGCAGCGACUUGCAGUGCUUCCCGUCCGCAGCGUCAGAGCAGUACCCAGAGUUCCCUCUUCUUGAUAGCAGCGACUUGCAGUGCUUCCCGUCUGCAGCGUCAGAGCAGUACCCAGAGUUCCCUCUUCUUGAUAGCAGCGACUUGCAGUGCUUCCCGUCCGCAGCGUCAGAGCAGUACCCAGAGUUCCCUCUUCUUGAUAGCUGCGACUUGCAGUGCUUUCCGUCCGCAGCGUCAGAGCAGUACCGAGAGUUGGAGGCGCAGGUGACCAUGCCGGUGGCGCGGCAGCUAUCUGCAGGAGAACUGGGGUUCUGGAGCUCGAUAGGGGUUGAUGUGGAGAGCAAUAACAGUUUUGAUCAGGAGCAGUCCACAGAGGUCCAGAGCUGGGUGGCGCCCAACACCGACGCCAUGGCAACAGGGGUCCAGAGCAGCUAUGUGGUGCCCAGCAUCGGCGCCAUGGCAACAGGGGUCCAGAACAGCUGGGUGGUGCCCAGCAACAGCGCCAUGGCAACAGGGGUCCAGAGCAGCUGGGUGGUACCCAACACCGGCGCCAUGGCAACAGGAGUCCAGAGCAGUUGGGUGAUGCCCAACACUGGCGCCAUGGCAGGAGACCUUGAUGACUUCUGCAGGUCUUUACUGGCUAAAGUGCCGACCAACUGCGCGGUGCCGGACUUUGGCAACAUGGCCACCAGAACGCUGGGCGGUGGCUGCUCAUUGAUCUGUAAGUAG